AUGAUUCCUCAAGGAAUACCCAAAUCGAAUAAUCAAUCAUUGUGGUCAUCGAAAGAAAGCUACCAGUUCGAAAUAUUUAUAAUGACGUUGGUGACUUAUAUAGCUCUGACGAUUUUUAUUUUACGUGUUGCAUUUUCACUCGUCCAACUGAUGAUUGACAAAAUAAGCUUUCCGAAGUCGAACGAUUUACCACUUCAGCAAGUGAUUAUUGUCAAGACAAAAAAAGACGAACCAAAUCUGAGUGAUCUCCACGCUUUCGCAAAUAUCACCAAAAGUUCCGUCAAUGAUAAUGAUGAAAAAUCUAAGAUAGUUGCUGUUGUGCCAUGCUAUGAAAAGGCCAAAAUUGCUUGGCCAGUUGAUCAUAGAAAAACUCAGCUGACUGUUAAACAAGGUUUACGUCGAACCCUACCUUUGGAAAUCUGA